CAGCUGUUUUUUUAAUCGACUUCAGGACUCAUGGAGACAACAUCUGACUUUUAAGCCGAACUGAUCGGUGAGGUUCUGGGUCCACAGCGGGGGUUGGUGAGCUCAUGUCUGGGUCAUGUUGUAAAAAUGUCUCCUCCAGCAGCAGCAGCCUUGUUUUUAAACUUUAACCCCGGCGGCUCUGACGCGCAGGCGGAGGAGACCUGGUGGCGGCUCCGCGCACCAACUUCAGGGGGAGCAUGAGGAGCAGCUCCGCGGGAGGAGUUCGUUGUGUGGAGGGGCUGCUCCGACCAGAAAACCCCGAGAGUCUCCUUGAAUGAGGCGGCGUGUUCUCACCUCCUCCUCCUCCUCCUCCUCCUCCACCACCACCACCACCAGGCUGCAGGAAGAGGCUCCGAGGUCCCACCGGCGGAGGGGGACUCGGCGGAGCGACUCCAGACUUCCGCGCUGGAAGUAGGACAGUGGAGCGGACAGGCCCGCGGCUCGGGCCGCCUGCAGGGAAGCGAACUGCUGCUUCUUCAGCGGGGGGAACGACCAGUGAGAGUGAGUUCCAGUCUCGGUCCGUGACUCCAGAGAAAGUUGAGAAAAGAAGCCCAGAGUUUAUGGCCACUUGAGUGCGCAAUUACGCACGCCUACGUAGCCUGCACACGCGCUCCCUUUGUUGUGGAGCUGACUCUCAGCUGAAAGUGACAUUUUGACUCCAGCUGUGGUCGAUCCAGCUGCUGUCAAGGUGGGUGUAUGAGGAUGGUGGAGAGCCGCAGCUGUGUCCAGAGGGAGGGGGUGUACCGCUGGUUCUCCUCCCUCACCUCAGCCCAGAGAGCCGAGUUCCUGUGCGGGCUGCUGGACCUCUGCGUGCCCAUCGAGCUGCGCUUCCUCGGCUCCUGCCUGGAGGACCUGGCCCGCAAGGACUACCACUCCCUCCGGGACGCGGAGAUCAAGGCCAACAACCCCGCGGACCUGUCGGGCCUCACCAACAUCACCGACGAGGUGGUGCGCAGCAAACUGCUCGUGUCCCUCGCCCUGCUCGGCUCGGACAACCGGGAGGCCGCGGGGGUCCUGUACCGGACGCUGACCCACACGGACACGGUGAUUAAUAACUAUGGGCUGGCGCUGAACGACGGGAGAACCGAGGAGCAGUUUCUGCUGCUGUUCACCAUGGCCUCCAACCACCCGGCCUUCAGCUUCCACCAGAAGCAGGUGCUGAGGCAGCAGCUCAGCCAGAUCCAGGACAUCCUGCAGGUGAGCAGUGGAGGCUCAGCAGAGGCUCAAGCUGUGGAACGAGCUGCUGCUGGUUACCAUCAGCCACUUCACCACUAUCACCCUCCCAGCACGUCCCUGCCUCUGGCCUCGCUGUCCCCCGCCGCACGCUCCCUGCCUGACGCCGGCGCCACCUACCUGCCUCGGUCCGCCUGCCGACCCUGCCUCAUGCACUGCACCUGCGGGCACAGGAGCCAGAGCAGAGAGGCCGGCACUGCGUCAGGGUCGGGGGUCACCGUGGGACGAGGAGACCGAGCAGUCGGCCAAGAGCUCACCCCUCCUGUCCCAGACCUCCCUCCUCCUCCUCCUCCACCUCCACCACCUCCUCCUCCACCUCCUCCUCAUCUCCCCCUCUCCCUACCUGCUGGACAAGGCCUGGACGCAGCAGCAACAAAGACCCACCAGGGGAAAGCAGGAAAAGUGGUGAUUGAGAGGCUGGCGCUGAGAGGAGUGACGCACACGUCUGAAGACUCCAGGGAAUAUGUGUUCGAGGUGAGCUGGUCAGAUGGUUUCGUGUUGUCCGUUGUCCGAUCCCAUCAGGAGGUGACGGAGCUGUUGUCCCAGCUGUCUCAGGCGUUUCCUGAGGAAGGAGUGGAGAAGUUCCUCCCUCAGUCCACAGAGCCAGAUCCCAGGUGUCUGACAGCGCUGCCCGGCCACGUCCUCCAGCACCACAGCGUCCAGCUGUUCUUCACCUCCACCAGGCCUCUCUCACCCAACUGUCCUUCCUCCCUCUCUUCCUCCUUCCCCCCUUUACCUUCCUCCCCUCCCACGGCUCCCGUUCCGACCUGCCCGUUCACCUCCAGCUCCAAUCUGGGCUGUGCGCUUCAGUACAGAGGAGCCAACAGGGCGGUAUGCCGAGUGGCCAGCGUCCAGCCCGUGGUCAGCAGCCACAGCUCCGUCCUGACCCGCUCCGCUCCUCACCUCUCCUCCCUGCCACCUCCUCUCCCUCCCUCCAUUCCCCUCCCCCAGCACUCCCCGCAGCUGUCCUCCCUCCCUCCCGCUCUGCCGCCGCUGCCCAGCCAGCGCUCCAUGGCGUGCGGUGGCGGCGAUAACUCCCCCCAGCCGAACCCCCAACACUCGUCGCACUUGUUCCCUCAACACUCCCAACACCACCUCCUCCCCCAAACCGGCGCUCAGCCUCAGUCCCUCCACCAGCCGGCGUCCCACUCACAUUCCCAGUCCCUUCCAUACUUGCCGUCCCGUUCCCUGUCCCACGCCCAGCCACCGCCGCCGCCUCAGCCCAGCACCGCGGAGCAGAACGGCAUCCUGGACUGGCUCCGCAAGCUGCGGCUCCAUAAGUACUACCCCGUGUUCAAACAGCUCACCAUGGAGGAGUUCUUAGCGCUGACAGAGGAGGAUUUGAACAAGUACGACUUGACCCAGGGAGCGAAGAAGAAACUCAAGACGCAGCUGGAGCUUCAAAACAGGGAGAUGAAAAUGGAGAAGCGUUCCUGCAGCGGCAUCGCCAGGGUGACGCCCUCCAGUCACAUGGGACCCUCAACACACAUCUCCACCUCAGGAGAGCUGCGUGUGGAGGUGGACGCUGCGUCGCACCACCACCCCGUCUCCACGGACAGCAGCUCGUCCUCGGGCUACUCCAGCUCCUCCUGCUCCCCUCGGACGGCGCACUGCUGCGACUCCUCCUUCGACAGGAGCAGGGACAUUCACAGGCGAGUGUCGGGUCCAGACGCAGGGGGAGGAGCCCCGGAGAAGGACCGGUCCUGCCUCUUCCUCCUGAACUCCAGCUGCCCCUCAGGCUCCAGUCGUCCCACGGCCCAGGUCCUUCCCGUCCAGACUGAUCCAGCUCCUCCCCACCCUCCCUCCUGCUCCUCCCACCUCCCCUUCGGCCUCCCACAGUCUCCCUACCACCCGCAGGCCAGCUACCCGCAGACCCUUCUCUGCCCGGUCUCAAACACGGCACGUAUCCUGACCUCCCCACGCAAGCCCCGACCCCCUCCGCUGUGCACGGAGGACAGGAUGAAGCCGCUGGGCUCGGGUCUGCCAGCGGCGGCUUCGGGGUUCAGUCCGGGGCUCGGGGGGGGGGUGAGGCUGGAGAACCUGUUCCCCGGGCUGAACGUGGACGGCUCGUCUUCGCUCCAGGACGCGGCGGUUUGUCGCAGCCUGGCGGGAGGCGUCGUGGGUCUGAUGGUCGAAACCAGCUCCGCUCUGACCUCCACCUCCAACAGCCUCCACCACGUCUCCCACCCCCCUCUCCACUUCCACCUGUCAUCCUCCUCAUCCCCCUCUCCAUCUGGAUACUACUCCUAUCCUCCUUCUUCCUCUUCUUCCUCUUUCUCUUCUUACUCCACCUCCUCCUGUCCCUCCACAAAGACCGGCUCACUAUCUGGGAGUUUGGGUGGUGGCUUUGUUUCCAUGGCCACCAGCAGUGUUCCUGUGGCCGCGGUACCCGGCAACACGUACUACGCUGCCCAGCCGACCUCCAGUCCCUCCCCUUCGCCGUCCUCUGCCUCCUCAUUGGAUCAAAAUUCAGGUCACACCCCUUCCGUGUGCGUUUGCAGCUCCUGCGGUUGUCGGGGGAACUGCGGCGCCUACGGAGCGUUGCCCGGAUACGCUGCGGCCGGCUACCUGCAGCCCUUCUCGGCCGGCCCGUCCCUCUUCACCCUGGGUCCUCUGCUCCACCUCAGCCCCCUGUUGGCCUCGCCCGGCGCCACCGGCUCCACGCCCUUCUCCUACCCGAUGAUGAUGCCUCCGCCCCUCUACCGCCACAGCCCUGUGUCACAUGACCAGCAGCAGGGCUUUGGCUUCUACCAGCCCCACGGCAUCAUGGGAAACGGAGGCCAGAAGCGGGCGGCAGGGAGCCUGUCGUGUUAUAACUGUGGUGCUAAUGGACACAGAGCAGAGGACUGCAAACAGCCGCCCAUGGAUUCAGUGCAGCAAGGGACGUUUCGUCUGAAGUACACCCCCCGCUCUGACAGUAAGGACUCGGGGGACUAACCAGCAGCUGGGAUCUGAACCGUCGUCCUCCCGACACAACUGUACCUCGUGUUCCUGCUGAGGCAGAGCAAAAGGGACGUGCACACGGACGGCCUGCGUCCGGGAGCAGCGAGGCAGCGCCAGCCUGUUCACAGACUGACAGCAGAGACCUCUUUUAUCCUUUUGAAUUCUUCUGCAGCAGAUAAGAGAGACGAGACCGGGAUGGAGCCUUUGUGAUCGGAUUACUUCUCCUCCCUCCUCAGAUCUCCUCAGAUACAAAGGUCCCAAGGAGAGGUGGGAUUUGUAAACUCUGCCACGCUUCAUUUAAAGGCUCAUCUCUGACCUAACUCCUCCACAGAGGAAGCAGACAAUCAGACACGUUACCUGUAGCGAGGCUUCACCAGAGAGAGUCUCAGCUUAAUCACUGAGCGUCUGUGGCUCACAAAGCAAAGGCACAAGCACGGCAGCUUCCUGAUGACGUCCUGCAAACACAGUCAACUCAUUUCAACUGGUUCUAAAUCACAAAACUCGUAUUCUUGUCUAGUGACAGACUGGAUACUGUGGAUAUCUACGGGUGACGUGCCUCUGGUGCAACUCAGCUUUAAAACCUGGAUUCUUCUGUCCGUCGUAUGAUCGGGUUUGAUUCCCCUGAAUUAUUCAUAGUCGUUCAGAGCUGUGUCCCACUGCCACACUACACACUAAUUAUAUGAUGUAGUGUAUUCUACUUUUCCCAGUUAUAUGAGAAGUCAAUAUACAUAACUGUUUUAAAUGGUAAAUGGCCUGUAUUUAUAUAGAUCUUUAAUAGUCUUGAUCACCACUCACAGUGCUUUACAGUACAGUUUAUUGCCCUUCACACAUUCACACACACACACAUUCAUAUUGUGCAUCUAUGGGCAGCACUUUAUCUAUGAGGGGUGAUUCCAGGUUCAGUGUCCCCCCCCCCCUCGGCCACAGUAGAAGAUGCAAAACGUGCAAAAGACGAUCAAACUGCCACUUUAAAACGUCACUGUCCAUUUCACUUUAUAGAAGCAGCUAAAUUGUGUUAUUAAUUUAAAUUUUCUGCAGGUUAUUUACAGCAUCAAAGACAAAUGAAAACUAGAAAACGAGAUUCCUAGAUUAACAGUGAGGCCUGAGACGUUGUAUAUUUAUAUAGGAAAAAAAUCUCAGUGAUUCCAAAGAUGUCGUUCUCAAACCCUUAUGACAAAGAAAUGUACAUUGAGGCUUGAUAUUUUACAGUUUAACCAAAAACACACAAAAAAAGCAAAUAUAUAGAACUAGAAGCAAGAAAAUAAACAUUUUUAUGUCCAAACUAAAUAUUUUCUGCAUCGUUUACAUAUCGCAAACACAAACACAGACACAGACACAGACACAGAUAUCUGUCCUGGGACACGGUGUAAACGUCCGUGUGGAAGCUGAGGAUCACAGAGCUGCACCUUCUCGUCCAUGUUUCUCCUUCAGCUGAACCGAUCACGUGUGGACGAUCUUCUCUUCGCUACCUCUCCUCUGCUCUCCUGUUUCUAACUGAACACUUUCAGUCGGCAUCAGCAUCUCCAGUUUACACCAGUGUGCCUGUUGCAUUUCAAGGUGGAGAGAAACAUUUCAAAAGUGCCAAUUUUUCUUCCAGCUGAGCUGAGCUGACGUUCAUCCUCAACUCGCUCUCUCGCUCCAGACGUGAUGGAGCUGCGUCUUUUUUUUGUAAUUAAUAUGUACAGUCUUCGCGUCAGAUUACAACCAGGAGUGGUUGUUUAAAAAGGUCUCACAGCGAGUUGAAGUGUGGGGCUGUGAGUGAGUCGCUGGGCAGGACCCGGAGUUUUACAGACACGAGGACAGCUGGUCCUUCAGAUGAAUCUAAAUCCGUUCCCCUGGAGCCGCACGGGACGUUUAUUUAAAAGAGUAAAUAGUGAACAAUCGGUUUGUGUGUAACUUGGACAAUGUGCUUUUGUAUUGUGUCGUCGGGUUCUGACUCAGAACGAACCGUUACGUCUAUUUAAAUUUCAACUGUGCCACGUUUGUCACUAGUCACAUAGAAAGAGAAAAGUGCCUUUAAACUUUAGUAUUGUUACUUUUUGUACCAAAGAAAAACUUUUUUACAAAAGAGCUCCGGCAUUUCUCCACUUCUCAGUGAAGCUGCAGCGUGUUGCUUCAUCUUUAGUUAAACGUGCUUUUGAAAUGUUUGUGCCAAGUUUAUAAAAAUCAUGUUUGUUUGUUGGACAGAUUUUUUUUUUUAUUGUUUUGUGUGUUUUACAACUUUAUCUGAAGUUUGAGGGAAAAAAACAUUUGAAUAAUAAAAAGAUGCCAGUUUCUGCCUUUCAUCA